UCAAAAGGUUUCGAAGAAGGUGAUCUGGUCCUGUUGUACAAUCCACUUCGAAAGAAAGGCUUGUCCCCGAAACUACAGACAGCCUGGGAAGGACCCUAUAUGGUGAUGAAACGACUUAAUGACGUGGUAUACCGCAUACAAAGAAAUGGAAAAGCACGAUGUAAAAUGAAAGUAGUACAUUUGGAGAGGCUCGCCCCAUUUGGUUCAAGAGGAUUUGUGCCUAAUCGGGACGAUUAGGCUUUAGUGGAGGGCAGUGUUACAAAAGUAGUAUUAAGUUGUGUUACAAAAGUAGUAUUAAGUUGUAUUUGUAUUACUAUAUGCAUCCCUGAUUAUGAACAAUAGCUGUAGGUAUAUGGAAUAACAUUUGUCUUGUUGUAGACAUCUGGCGCCACGGCUGUCUGCUUGUCGAAACAAUAGACAUCUGGCGCCGCACUGUCUGCUUGUCUAGUUAAACAAUUGCUGAGUCUGGCGCCGUAUAGCCGUAUAUUCUGGUAAUUUCCAGACGCGAUAUUCUAGAAGGACACGUCGGCAUCAGCGAGAAGUGCGUGGCUAUAUAAGCCGUGGCAGCGCCAACGUAAUCAAUCAGUGCUAAGAGUAAACUGCCAUAGUGUAGACGAGUUGUGAAAUAAAGAGUUGUUGAAUUAAAUUAAACAGUGUUGAUUUUAUUUGUCAAUCCAGAGAUACGAACCUAACAAAGUAAACUAGCAAGCAGUAAAUUCGUAACAAUUGGUGUCAGAAGUGGGAUUGUCAAAUAAUCCAAAUUCAAAAUGGUUAAAUUCGGAGAAUUGAGAAUUCAGCAAUUAAAAAAGGAACUGGAGGGGCGUAAUUUGCCGAUAAGCGGGCAAAAGGCGGAUCUGCAGGCACGAUUACGUGAAGCAAUGGAAGCGGAUGGAAUUAAUGUCGACGAAUUCGAAUUUGAUGGCCCAGAAACUUCUACAAAGGUAGAAGAAAAAGUAGAAGAACAACGAACAUCAUCAAGUGUGGACAUGAACAUGCUGUUAGUGGCUAUUAAGCAAAUGGCAGAGAAUGCAGUGCAAACCGAAAAUCGUCUGGCACAUCAAAUAGCUGAAAAUACAUCACAGUUAGAGUCUCGCCUUACACAACAACAUCGUUUGGUACAACAGAUCACGGAAAAUACUAUACAACUACAAAAACAAGUGCAAGAGAAAUUUUCAAAAUUUGAAGACGAAUUAAGCACUUUAAAAAAUGACGAAGAAAAUUUAAAAGCAGAAGUUCUUCAAUUAAGUAAUCGUGUGCGAGAACUGCAACUGCAUGGCCCUGCACCAUCAACAAAUAAUCAAAGAUUGAAGGCACCCACAUUCGAUGGAAGUAUUCCAUUUCAAAUUUUCAAACUUCAGUUUGAAAAGACAGCAACGGCCAAUAACUGGAAUCCAGCGGACAAAGUGGCGUCCUUGUUUGUAUCAUUGAAAGGACCGGCAGCAGAAAUCCUUCAGACUAUUCCAGACUGUGAACGGGACAACUAUGAGGCAUUGAUGAGUGCGAUAGAAAGACGUUAUGGUAGUGAGCACCGGAAACAAAUAUACCAGAUCGAACUGCAAAAUAGGGGUCAGAAGAUGAACGAGUCAUUGCAAGAGUUCGCAACUGAAAUAGAACGACUGGCUCAUUUGGCAAAUGCAGAUGCACCUGUGGAUUACAUUGAGAGGGUAAAAAUUCAAUGUUUCAUAAAUGGAAUUCGUGAUGUGGACACCAAACGCGCCACAUAUGCAAUGCCAAAAAGAACGUUUGCUGAAACGGUUUCGCACGCCCUCACACAGGAAACAGCUUCCGUACUAAGUAAACCAGCACCCAAAGUACAAAGGGUUGAAAUGGAACAACCGGCGCUGAUGGAGGAAAUAUUGAAGACUCUGAAGACAAUUGCUGCACCGCGAGUAAAUACAACAGGCAGAUGUUUCAACUGUGGAAAAGCGGAUCACUUUGCCCGAAAUUGCAAUAUAAAAGUAAACCCAUCAAAACGGAAACAACCAACAGAUAACGAGGACGGAGCAUCCACAUCUCACAAGUCGUUAAACUAAAAUGGAACAGUUCAAAGGGGCGCGAGCUGGUUCCCACAACUAUUUGCCCCACCAUCUCGAUAUCACAAAUAGGUCGCCAUGACAACAAUCUUACUAUCAACGGUAUCGUAAAUGGACGACUGUCAACGCUUACUUUGGAUACUGGUGCCACACAUUCAAUUAUCCGACCGGAUGUGGUAAGAGGAACGGUUGAACCAUUAGUCGGUUGCAAGCUUCGAACGGCCACCGGAGAGGAAGCAGCUGUCGCGGGAAAAGUGUUUUGCAAAGUGAUGAUUGGUACCCUGGAAGUUAAUCACACCUUCAUCGUAGCAGAAAUCACGGAUGAAAUUAUAAUGGGAGUAGAUUUCAUGAUUGAUCACGGGGUUACUUUGGAUUUAAACAAGCAAAUGCUGUUUUGCCAGAACAUGGAGAUGCCUAUAAACACCGGAUAUGUGACCAACGUUGAAAGUAAGAGGGUGAUUGUUGAUGAUAAUCAGAGUAUUCCACCAAAAUCUGAGGCGAUUGUAUGGGCUAAAGUGAAUGGAGGAGGUGGGACUGAAGAGUUGUGGAUUGUGGAACCAACAAAAAUAGAUACACCCAUAUUGGUAGGAAGAACGCUUGUGAAAACUAGCGAAGACGCCACCAUUCCGGUCAGAGUAGUGAAUGAAUUCAACACGCCUAUAAGGCUGAAGAAAGGAGCAGUAAUUGGACAGUGCCAGAAUAUAAGUGCAAUAGCACGAUGCGAACGGUCAGAACAGAAGCCUACUAUUGAGCCACAGCAGAUAAGUCCUACAUUCCUAAAUAAUUUACUGAACGAACUGCAUGGAAAUGAAAAAUUAAAAGCAGAAAAACUAUUAGAAAAAUACGCAUCCAUAUUUGCAAACAAAGGAAACACAGGAAGAACCGGCAUUGUCAAACAUCGCAUAAAUACUGGAGACGCUAAACCAAUCCGACAAGCUCCGCGUAGGGUUCCACUAGCAAAACGUGAGGAUGCUAACAAAAUUAUUGAAGACAUGCACAAAAACGGUGUAAUCGAACCUUCAAUAAGUCCAUGGAGCUCACCUAUCGUCUUAGUUAAAAAGAAAGAUGG